ACCAUUCACGUCUGCUAUCGAGCGACUAAUCGAACGACGCCAUCUUUCGAUUAAUAUGGUGGUCUUCGAUCGUUUAUAAUGCGUCGCGUCACUGUAAUUAUGGGUAUAACGUUUCGGUAUACGAGAUUGUAGCUCGAGGGCGCGAGAGAAUUUUAUUGAGUGUUAAACAUUGCGUGGUAAACUAAGAUAGAAAGCAUUUGGCGAGUUCAUCGUGAUUAAUUCAAGAGAGAGACAUGUAAGAUUGUUCAUACCUUUCUCGGUUGUGAGGCUAUAUAGAGAAUUUGAACCUUUGCGACUGUACUCGUUUUUGUCGAAGAAUUGAUUAAAAAGUGACUGUCGUAAGCUUCAACGAUCUUGAGUUUCGUAGAUUCUCGAAUAUUCCAACCAUUUAUAAACAUCGAUAUUGAGAUAGAGAAUGCUCGAUAUAAGGAUAUAGAACAGGAGAAAGAGAGAAAGAUUUCGAGAUUUCAACGAAAAAAUAAUAAAAUAAACGUUAUUGAACUACAGAGAUUUAAGAGAAUGUUAUCAUCGAAUUUACAAUAGAGGACAUUGUGGAGUGUGCGUGACCAGUGCGGGCAAAUAGAGACCUCUAUCGCGUGUUUGUCCAGUUCCUUAUUGUCCCGCCGUUUAAGCCACGAGAUCAGAUAACGUUAACCUUCGCGGACCAGUUUACAACAUGUGUCCCCGGGCCGUUUUCGCGGGUUAACGUUUGUACCGUGCGCCGCGUACAGAUUGCCGACAAAUAAUUUAGAAUCAGGCAACUGUUCGACGGUGUAUCUGUCGGGGGUUGGCUGAUAAAAAAUCAGCGUUGCUCAGCCGCCAAUGAUAACGCAGGCUUCACGUGAGCGUGACAUCGGCUGCCGCGACAGAAGCACGCUUCACUGCGCAGACCGGUGCGCACUCGUGUUCGCUAGCGACGCCGCCGGUAGGGAUUUUUCGUGAUUCGGGUGAAUGGGCGAAGAAAUGCGCUCGUCGAGGAAAUACAAGUUUAUCGGCGGACUGAGGUUAGCGUAAAAUUUACAUCGUGAAGAAAGACGGAGAAAGUGUUCGAUACGAAAGGAAUCGGUCUGCGAAAGCAAGACGAGGCAUGUUAAUAGAAACUAUAUACAUACAUAGUUUGUUACGCAUUUUGGAAGAUUUUGCAUUGUUCCGAAUAUGUAUAUGUCGCGAAAGAUUCAAAUCACUUUGAACAUAGUUUAGUACUUGAAACUUUUGAAUUUUUCUGUAUCGGUUGGCCUUGAAGUUUUGACAAUUUCGUGGCUGUCUUAUUAUGAUAUAUUGAGUUUAAAAAUUGCUUUUAUGAAACACAUACUAUGUGACUUGUCACGUUUCUACUCCCUUCAUACAAAAAAUUUAAUACCGAUCUUUCAAAACUUUGAAAUCUGCCAAGAGUCUCGAAGCUCCAAGGACACAAAAAAUCUAUCAAGAUUCAAGACUCAGGAGCUUCAAACAUCGAAUCACAUUCGAAGUUGAAAUUGAGUUUUAAACAUAACGAAUGGUAUACAGUAUACGAAGUGAACAGAUAAGAGCAAGAACAAGAGAGACAGUGAUACAAGGAAAACGGAGUUGUACGAGACAGAGAAAGCAGAGGGCAGGCUAAUCGCCACUGGACAUUGACAGAGAUAGGAGAGAGGAAAAACAACGGUGCAGGAGUGGAUUGGAGUGUAGCAGGAGAAAAGGAUAGCGACGAGGUUGUACGAUUGGAAAUCUGGAAGCGGCAACCUGUUCAGAGGACUUAAAAGAGCCUAAUUAUCCAGUUUCAACAAUCACGUAGGCGAAGGUUUAUUGUUCCAAGGAUAGGGGGUGACUGGCGGGGACUGGGAAGAUGGAGGGUAGCGGUGCAGGGAUUAGCAGGCUCGACUGCUACGAAGAUAUGUUUAAGGAAAUAACCAGAAAAUUGUACGGUGAAGAUCCUGAUCAUAGAACCUCGAGCGUACAGAACGAGUUCGAAACUUCUGUAUCGUACAAGACCGAAGAGGAUACCGGAAACGGGACCGAUAGCGAUGAUGGAAACUGGACCUGCGAAGAGGAGCCUUUGAAAGGCACCGAUGGAAGUCGUAUUGCUGCUUAUCACGCUGGAAAAGCGACGUGGAGGUGCUACGAAUGCGGAGAUUUGAUGGGAGGUGGACCACGAGACGUAGCUGAACACUUCAUGGAACUUCACUCGUCGAGGAUUCUUGGAGACGAUAGCAGAAACAGGCAUCAUUCGCCUUCAAAGGAUUAUCUACAGUCCGAAGAAUUAAAAGUGGAGGAUGUGAUUUCCUAUCUGGAAAGGUUGCGUGAACGAGUGGAACGUGUGGCACCACCAUCCAGGAGAACUCAGGAAACGCAAACAGUGCCCGCAGCACUCUUACCUGUCACCUCCACCUUUCUGUUACAAGAAUUACCAUCAGCUCCUGCUCCACAACAUUUGCAUCAGAACACCACCACGAUGUCUUCAGUGACAGUGACACAGAGCGUGAAGCGGUAUAGCUGUCCAUAUUGUCCUUAUGGAACGGAUCGCCGCGAUCUGUACACACGACACGAAAAUAUCCACCGGGAGGAAAAACCGUUCCAUUGCUAUAUCUGUUACAAACCAUUCAACCGCGCUGAUCAUGUGAAAAAGCAUUUCUUAAGAAUGCAUCGCGAACACGGUUACGAGUUAUCAAGGAUACGCAGACCAGCUGGAGCUAGUCCACCGAAGCCUCUACAACAAGAAGCAGGAACCGCGAAUACCGGAAAUGUGAAUACGAAUGGCCAACCGCAGCAACAACACGCAAAUUACUCGUCAGGAUUUAAUAAUAACAAAAAUUACCAGUUGCAGCCGAAUGCUGGCAAUAAUACAGCUACUAACGCGGGGGGAAUUUAUCAAGGAACAUCGAUGCCUGCUCCGGGUAUUAUGCAACCUGAUGCAGCGAACUGCGCCACUGGAAGAAGGGUGCAGAAUGGUGGAUGUAACAGCAAGAGCCAUCUUAAGGGAAGCUCUAAGGGUGCUCAGGAACGAAGGUACACUUGCUGCUACUGUUCCUGGAGCGGCGUGGACAACUGGUGUUUAAAACGGCAUCUAAACACACAUUUGAAGCCGUUUGCAUGCACCCUCUGCGAGUAUAAAGCGGCGCGUGCCGAACGCCUAGCCACCCACGUGCUCAAGGUGCACAACAGACGGCAAUGCUCAAGGUGCUCGUUCCUUGGCGAAGAUGCGGCCCAAUUACAGAUGCACCAGCUGCACGUGCAUCGAGUUAGUAGUGCUAACGCUCCCGCGACCUCUACUACUCAAGCUACACCACCGCCUACUAAUCGCCAUCAACAACCUUUGCAUCCCGCAGGAGGAGGACGGCCACCACCUGGUCCACCAGUUUUUCCAGCUCCAGCUCCAGCCAUCGCACCUGCUACCACUGUGAUACCACCGACAACGAUACUCGGCCACGAGAUGGUAAACUCCCCUGCAACUGCAGCGACAAUGGCGUACCCGACCUUGGAGGAGGAGAGGCGGUCGAGCUGGCACGAGCACGGCCGCGACCACGACCAUCGUCGUCGCCAUCGUCAACACGACGCCAACCAGAACGUCGAUCACCAUGAAACCGAGAUACUGAGACGCGACCUCGUUUCGUUUUACGCCGUAUACUCGUCGAACGUCGAGCAACACGACGACCGUCAUGUACACGACGAACCGUGCACCGGUUGUUCCAGUCGUGACUCUACUUCUACUUUACUUAAUCGUGAUUUUGCGCACAGCUACCGAGCCGUUCCCGAAGCGAGCAAGGGACAGUCAGCCACGGAGCCGUUUGAGUUUCCUUGGCUAGGAAACAUCCAGAGCAAACCGCACGAGAGGCGACCGAGGAAGCAGAGUCAGCCCAGAAAGGUGACAGGGGUCCAGGAGUUCGAUGACGAGGACACGACUUGUUCCGAGGGGGAGAACCAGGACAAGAAGCUGGAAGAAACGACGCCCAGUCCUGUAAAGGAGUGUCCAUCCAGGGCUAUCACCUUGAUAGAUAUGAAAGCUAGGUAUCGAAGUCAACUGAACAAAAGAAAGUUGCUCAAGUGUCGUCUAUGCCCCAAAGAUGCGCCUGCUAGGGGAUCAAUUUACUCAGCGUACCACACCAAAGUCUCUCUCAUUCUUCAUAAACUAUGGAGACACAGAAGUAACGAAAUUCUAAGGAAUUGGAUAGCUAGGAACAGUUCGUUGUCACAACUGCCCUCCAUCACGUUGAAGGCGACGGUGUUCACCAACCCUGGAUACGAAUACGACAGAUAACACUCGAUAAUAAAGGCAACAACGACGAUCGUGCAGAUGGAUCUCGAAAUGCGAAUCUAAGAAACUGCUUUUCGAUCAGAGGAAGUACCUCUUCCUUUUAACAAAUUAAUUUUGUAAUAAUAAUAUCUUUUUACUAUGACGGGCGGAAAUGUUUUUGUAAGAUGUUUGGUUCGGAGGUCCUACAGAGAGGACUUUGCAGCAGGUUAUCACUAGGAUUUGAUUUGUUCUACUGCCAUUGUACUUAAUCGUAAUAGCGGGAUAUUCUUAUUACAAAGUUAUCGAUCUCGUGCGAGGAAAUAUUUGAUGAAAAGCGUUGGUGCCUUUCGAUAUUCAUCGCUUUAAACUUUAGCUUCCGGAUUCAGGGUAUUUGUAUCGUAUUGGUUAAGAAAUCCGUAGCCUUCGUCUUGUUCGGAGGAUAAUAUCGGAUGCUGUGAAGCGAACGUCCUUUUCUGAGCAAUUAUUGGUGUUCCUAAUCAAGACUUCGGACCACAUCUCGUGUGAAGUUUGAGGGUAUUGAUCGAUUUGAAACGAACGGUCCAUGUUUGGUCGAUGAACUACGGCGAUAGGUGCGGAAACUUUCUCAUAGCCAACGAAACAAUUUUAGAUAGAAAAGAAUCUUGUCGAGGUUGUAGGGAUAAAACGAUAAAGAAGUCUUUCUGCUCUCGAUUAAACGUUUUCCGGACGGGACGAUGAUUCUAAGAAAUUGAAACAGCGAAACAUUUAGCGCAUAAGAAGCAACUAAUCGAAAGUACCUUGAGACUCGAGUUUUUAUCCUCGUAAGCACAUUCAUCCUCAUUUGACUUUAGAUUACCUACAACAAACGUCGCGAAGACGAUAUUUUUCAGAAAAGAUAACAGAUGAAAAAAGAUGAAAAAAAAAAAUAAA